AUGAUGUCCUUCAAAGUCCUCUCUCUGCUCCUCGCUUCUCUGGGCUUUGUUUUGAUGGAAGAGAACAUCUCAGGCGUAAGCCUAAGGACUCCCAGCGCCAGACCAGUGCAGAGACGCUACUCUGAGGCCACCCUGGCAAGCGAUUACAGCCGCACGAUGGACAACAUGCUGAAGAAGAACUUCGUGGAGUGGUUGCUAACCAGGCGGGAGAAAAAAAGCGACAACAUCAUCGAGCCGAGCAAGAGGGAAGUUGAGCCCCAAGUAUCAGCUGCGAAUGCUCCAAGAUUGGACCUGGGUACUCAGGAAGCCAAAGAGUUCUUCGCCUGGCUGCUGAAGGCCAAGAAAAAUCAGAGCUUUACUUGUCCAGAAGGUUUGAAGGAUGUUUUGAACCAGGAGUUCCUGGCCUGGCUGAUGCUGACUGAUCUCUGCAGACCAACGUGA